AUGGAAGAAACGCAUUACUCUACCAACGAAGAACUCCAGGCAACACUGCAGGAGCUGGCCGACUUACAGUCGCAGAUUCUCGAGCUGCAGACAGACAACGAGCGGCUGGUUGAGGAGAAGGACGUCAUUUUCCAGUCGCUCUGCCGGCAGACGGAGAAAUUGGAAGACUCCCGCACGCAAAUCGGUACACUGCAGAACCUAUUGCUCCGCGAGCCCAACCAACAGGACGUUACUCCUACGGAUCGCGAGCAGAAGUUGGUCGAUUUAUUGAAAAGUGCCCAGGAUGAACGGGAGGGUUUGUUAUUGAAGCAGGAGGAGCUAAACGGGGAGCUCAACGAGAUGAAGGGAGUGUUGGAGGAGCGCACCAACGACGAGUCGCGAGCAAAGGCCCGCGUUAGUCUGCUCGAAUCGUCGCUCGAGGCCGCCAACGCUGAGAAGAAGGACGUUAACACGCAGCUGCUAGAAUCGAAGGAGGAUGCUUCGGUCAAGAUGAUUGAGAUUAGCCGAUUGACGACACUGCUGGAAAAUGCGAGGGCCAAAAUCGAUGAGCUCGAGCAGGACCGCGCCAUGGGCGAUAAGACGGACCUAGAGGAACUGCUCGAUUCCGCGCGGAAGGAAAAGGAUCAGCUCGAAACACAGGUGGCCUCGCUGCAGGAGCAGGUUUUGAUUAGCCAGUGCGAGACUCAGAAACUGAAGGAUCAGCUAGCGCAGCUCAACGAAGAGUGCAAGGUCGUGCGAAACAACGCCAAAUGUGUCAUCUCGGACCUGGAGUACAAGAACGAAACCGCGACGCAAGAAAAGCAGAAAAUGGUGUCGGACUACCAACUGCUGCAGGAGUCGGUCAAUGAACUGCAGGUUCAAAAUAAAUGUCUUGUGGAGGACAAAGCCCAGCUCGAAACGCUGCUGUCCGAAAUGCAAAAACAUCUCGGUGAAACCGAGCGCAAACUGAUGGAAAAGACUGAGGAACUAAACCAAGAAACUAGACUUAGGAAGCAGGAGUCGGACGAGUGGAUCCACUUCCAGUCGGACCUAUUGAUGACGGUACGGGUGGCAAACGAUUUCAAGACUGAAGCACAAAAUGCGCGCGAAAAGCUGGCGCUCGACAACAAGAGUCUGCGCGAGAAGGUUCGCGUGCUCGAGCAGCAAAUCGAACAACUUAACAAACUGCUAGCAACGAAGGAAUCGCAGAACUCUCUCAUUACCUCCGUACAGCAAGAGAUGGCCGUCCGGCGGCAGCAAAAGACCGCGAUACAGCGGCAAGAUUCGAGGCUAUCGGUAAAGAGUCUAAUCGAAAGUAUUGAGAAUUCAGCAAAACAGACCAAACUUAGCACCGAUUCGCGGUGCAGUUCCAGCUCGAGUAUAAACAGCAUUCCUGCCGAUGCAAAUCCUACACUUUCCAGCAAACAUUCCUCGAUCAGCAACAGUAGUAUUAACAAUAAUGACAGCAGCAGUACCGGGGGUACCAACAACGGGAAAACUCAUGUCAAUGGCAAUAACAAUAAUGACGAAAACAAUGUUAUUCAAAUACCGGUGCAACCGGCUGCAGCAGUGCAUUCUGCGUUGCCCGCCAAGAGUCCUCUCCGCGAGCAGCAGCAACCGACUGCCGGGGGCAAUGUGAACAGCAACACCAAACCAAACGCUUCGGCAGACACAGUGUUAUUGAUGAAAAAGUCCAGUCUCAUCAACAGCAACAAUGGUUGCAAUACAACAAUAAACCCUGCCAUUAUUUCUCACAAAACAAUGGACUAUGUGCGACGAAAUAGCUACAACGACAUAAGUGAACGAAAAGACCCCCUAAACGCAUUGGUUAAGAAUGGUGGCUCGAAACGCAAUGCACUGCUGAAGUGGUGCCAGAACAAAGCCGUAGGCUAUCGAAAUAUUGACAUCACAAACUUUAGCUCAUCAUGGAACGAUGGAUUGGCACUGUGCGCCAUCAUGCAUUCCUAUUUGCCUGAUCGUGUCCCGUACGAUAAACUGAACCAGAACGAUAAACGACGAAAUUUUAGUCUAGCUUUCGCAGCGGCUGAGAGUGUUGGCAUCCCGACAUCUUUGAACAUUGACGAGAUGUGUCUUCAGGAAAGACCGGACUGGCAGCAAGUUAUGAGCUACGUAACGGCGAUUUAUAGACAUUUCGAAACCUAGGGCCACGCCGUAAACAAGCAUUCCAUGUAUAUUUUUACCACAUCUUACCGCAAAGGCCUUGCAGCUUGCCUCCACAUUUGCUGCUAUUGCUGUCUUCGUUGCUGCAGCUACCGGGCGAUGUAUUCUGGUUCGCUCUUUUCUUUUAUUUGUUAUUUAUUUUUAUUGAAACAAACUCUUCUGGAUUGCUUCCCGAUUUGAAACAAAA